CUUAGAGAUCAAGGUCACAAACCUGACGGCACAAAACCAGCAGCUGCAGACACAGAGGAACGACUUAGCAGAUGCCUACUGCCCCCAAAGUGAAUAAAAAGAGACAGUGUAGACCUUGUCAACCUGGCUGGGAACUCAACAAGCCCAGCUGUUAUGCAUAUAAUAAUCCUGAUCUAGCUAAGAGGAAAACCUGGGAAGAAGCUCGAGAAGACUGCAGAGGAAAAGGUUCAGAUUUAGCUGUUGCACAUGAUCAACAGCAAAAGGACGCGAUCAGUUUUUACAGCAAAGGUAGUUCAGGUUCUAAUGGAUACUGGGUCGGUCUGAGAGAUGAAGAUGGGAGAUGGAAGUGGGUUGAUGGAAGUGAGCUGACUGACAACUCCUGGAUAGGAGAUCCUACCGUCGGUCACUGUGCAAUUUCUUUCCAGAACAACAGAUGGAAAUCAGUGAACUGUGAUACAAAACAACGAUGGAUCUGCAAAAAGAGCACUUUAUCUGUUUAUACCCUGCAGUCUUACUACUGA